CCCCCCUCCCCCUCCAAAAAAAAAAAAAAAAAAAAAAAAACAAGAUCAAGUUAGUGGCUGUGUAAAGAAGCAAGCCGAGCCAUUACACAUUGUUCCAAUAAAACAAAAGGACAAAAGACCACGCAUAAUCACUACUCCCAUCUAUCCAUUUCCGGACUGCCUUACCAAUACUAUCGGAGGUCGGCUUUCUCAAUUCUAUCAGAUGCCUAUCCUGAUCUGAUCGGACCCGAUCUAGACCGAUCUUAGCUGAGCUGAACGCUGUUGUGUUCGUCCCAUCCACUUGGCAGCCAACCAACGAAGACCGGACUAGGUGCCAGGUGUCGGUUACUUCUGUCAUCUGAACUGUUCUAGAGCCUUUCUCCAUUCUUCUCCAUCCCGUGGGUCAGUAACGCGCGGGCCUUUGUAUUUUAUUUACUUAUUUAUUUAUUCGUUUGUUUGUUUCCAUUUUUACCUUUUUUUUUUAAUUUUUUUUGUCGUUGUGUGGUGUCCGGUAGCGUGACGGAUCCUUCGGACAAAAGCAUCACGCAAGGGGGGAAAGCAAGCAAGAAAGAAAAUAAGCACGCCACCAACAGCAUUGCUGUAAGCAACAACCCACCCACCCCGGCCGGCCCUAGCUUUCGGAACUUCCCUUUUGACACUCCGGGAGCGUGCUUGUUUACACUUGUCUUGUGUCAGAUGGUUCAAUUUGUGUUACGAGGGUGUUGAUCGCUGUACCAAGGACUCUCUCGGAUCCGAGCGUCAGCCUCAGCUCCGACUCCCUGUCCCAUGUCCCGAGCGUUGGGCGUUGUACGUCAGCACAACAUCGGACAGGCCGACAUGUCGUCCCUGUCAGCUGAUCCCGCCCAUGUCCACAACGCCCUGUCCAGCCCGGCUCGCUUGGUCCACCGUUCUUCUGGACAGGUGGAUCCCGGCGCCGGCCCCGAUGUGUCAUCACCCACGAACGGCGCUGGCACUGCACACCCGAAUGCCAACCCUUCCGGCCAAGUCCUUACCUCAGCAUCGGGUCUAGCCAAUGCACCCAAGUCCGGCCCCGUCGCUCCGCCUGCCGAGUCCAUCGUCAAGGUGACCAGGGGUCACUCAUGUGUUCUUUGCCAGAAACGAAAAGUGAGGUGCGACAAGACCAAGCCUUGUUCUAAUUGCGUCAAGGCAGGCGUUGAGUGCCAUGUGGAGCCACCUCUGCCCCCCAACAGGACUCGAGGGGCCAAGAAAACGCUCCAACGUGAUCUCAUCAACCGGUUGAAACGCUACGAGUCGCUGCUGGCUCAGCAUGGAGUCGCCUUUGAUGCCAUGUCCAAAGACCUCAGGCCAUCAGGCAUCGUUGCAGGCGAUGAUUUGGAUGAGCUGGAGAAAAACUUGGGCGGCCUAAAAACCUCGCCGCAGGAAGACAGUCUCCUAUUGGAUGAUUGGGAUUCUGCGUCGCAUCACAGAGACUAUGCUCAAGAGUUGCUCGACGAGAGCUCCGAAGAUGAGGAACACGAGGGCCACACUAUCCAUCAUGCCUUCGACAAGAUGUUUAAUAAUCACGACGGGUUUCCCUUCGUGAUUGGCGGCGAGCGCGUAGUAGCAAACUUGGCCCGCAAACACCCCGAGCCAAUGCAGAUGCUCAGCUUAUGGCAAGUAUACAUAGACAACAUCAACCCAUUGCUCAAGAUCACACACUUCUUGAGUUUACAGAGCCAGAUAAUCGAAGCCGGCAAAGACCUUACCAAGAUAUCAAAACCACUCGAGGCUCUACUCUUUAGCAUAUACCUGAUUGCGGUUACUUCGAUGCAGGACGACGAGGUCCAGAGUACACUCGGUACUGAGAAAGGAGUCCUGAUCAGCAGGUACCACGCCGCAACGCAGCAGGCUCUCAUAAACGCCGGGUUCAUGAGGAGUCCGGACAUUAUGGCUCUGCAAGCUUACGUUUUGUACCUCCUCAGCGUGAGGCAACACGUGGAUCCCAGGUCGCUGUAUUGUCUUAUUGGGAUAGCUGUGCGCAUGGCCCAGCGUCUUGGGAUCCACCGGGACGGUGCACAGUUCGGAUUGCCUUCAUUUGAGAGCGAAAUGCGUCGGCGUCUGUGGUGGGUGCUGGUUAUAUUCGAUCGACGCAUAGCCCAGAUCACCGGCUCAACGGUGACAGCUCUCACAUCGAGCAAUUCGGAUUGCAACUGGCCACUCAACAUCAACGAUGGUGACCUGCACGUCCACGCCAAGGAUUCGCCUCCUACGUAUUCUGGACCGACCGAGGUGUUUUUUCUAUUAACGCGCAUCGAGUUGGUCAUGGCGGCGCCGGCUGGUGGUCAAGGCCCAGCCUACACAACCGCCAGCUCGGGCAGCUCUCCCAAAACUCCGCAGUCAACCGGUAGUUCAAGGCCCAGAUUCCAGUUCUCGCCAUCUCCAUCUGUCCCGGAUGUCGUAUCAAAUGCCGCAAGUCUGAACCUCCCUAUUCACGAUCUGGACGGAUUCUGUCGGUAUAUGGAUGAGACGUACCUGAGGCAAUGUGAUCGCAAGAUCCCACUACACCUCUUCACCUACCUUUUCACAAAGCAGGCUCUCUGCCUACUGCGCGUUAUAUCCUACUUGCGCCGUGCCGCCGGCGGCCUGGCCGAGGAUCUGACAGAGCGAAAUGCUCUCUUCGCCGAGGCCAUACGUAUCGUCGAUUACGAUAAUGCCAUAUAUGCGGCAGGCGAACUCAAAGGUUUCCUUUGGUACUCCCAGAUGUAUUUCCCACUGCCGGGGUACAUGUUACUGGCUCAUGAGCUCAAAGUGCGCCGUCUCGGUGACAUGGUCGAGAGAGCUUGGGACUCCAUUGUCGAAAAUCAUAGCCGCCGUGGCCUCAUGCGCAACCUGCGAAGCCCUGUCCAUGUCGCCCUUGGGCAUGUUUUCGUCAAGGCUUGGGAUGGCCGUAUGGCCGCCGAGGCUCGACGCGGAAAAUCUCUUUCCACGCCCGAAUUUAUACAAAUGUUGCGGCAGACACUGGGAAAAUUGACCGGCAAGGCCCCUCCGACUGAACCAAAACUCGAGAAUUCGGGCUCUACGGCGGCAAACACGCCUCAGCAGCCACUCCAUGGAGCUGUUCAUCAUGACCCUCAAGCUCGUCUUAAUUUUACAGCGCCCUCUCUCCAACAGCAAACAUAUCAACAGCACGAACAGCCGCAGCCGCAGCCGCAGCACCAGCAGCACCCCCAACAACAACAACAACAACAACAACACCCUUUACAAUUUGCCCCGCCCAUGACUUCUGCAGAAGGCGCUGUUGAAGUCAGCGCCGCAUUAUCCUUGGAUGGUCCUGCGAUAUACGGCGGAUUCGAUGGCAUGAACCAGUUCCAUGACAGCCAACAGUCGGACGAUCAAAUGGACUUCACUCCAAUGGAUAUGGACUGGAUCAGUAUGAUGCCCGAGAUUGCAAACUUCAUGAUGCCACCCCCAAAUGGCAUGUACCAACCAAUGGUUGGCGGUAUGGGUAUAGGCGGUGGAGGGGCAUACGGGGUGCCCAUGUUCCAACAUCCAACAACCCAAGCCGGAAACCCAAUGCCGCCCCAACUUCAUGAGCAACAUCAUCCCCAGCAACCGCAGCAGAUGCCAUCUUUGGGUGUACAAACGCUUGCACCUCACCCGCAGCAACCACAUCUUUCUCAACCACAACAUCACCACCAGUACCAGGUUCAUCCACCACGACACCCAUCCGGGCUUCGAAUGCACCAUAGAGGCCCAUGAUAUGUUUGGGCUGAACAACUGCGUAAUCCGAGGAUUACUAUUCACUAUUCUCGAACUUAAAACUCUUAUAGACACUUGGUAUGGAUUUUUGACGAUUGUCACUACCAGCACUCCAGAAAGCGCCGAGAUCAGACGGUGCUACAAUCUAAUCAGCAACUUUUUGUCAAUAUUCUUUACAGCAGACCUCGUCUUCUUCUCAAUUUUCCAACAACUAUAGAAUAUAUUCCUCUGGAUACGUCUUGGCGUCUGUUGUACGAAUAGGUCCAUAUGCACACCGAUACCUUGUACAAAUCUACAAACUUAUGUUAUUGCCGUUUGGAUUACACCAGAGUACCAUAUCCAUACUGCUGGUCCUUAACAUGACAAAACCUGGUGUUGUAUCAUGCUGCCACAAGCCCAUAUUUUGCACUCAUGGUAAUAUGAUAGGAAAAGCGCUUUUGUACCACCCCCGACUAGAACUAGUUGCAAAUGUGUUCAUCACACCAGAAUUUAGUUUCUUCGUAUGCUCCAAGUUAACGGCAGAGAAUAUAGAGAGCAAAGAAAAAGAAC